UCCAAUAACUGUCAACUGGAAAGUAUGCUGUCUGUUGCGGAGAAAUCCCCAUAUUGGUGACAAUGACACUGCAUUGGAAAGGGAAAGAGUGCCUUCCUGCCUUCACGGUUCUUGCCCUUUUCCUAUCUCACCAAAAACAAGUCUCAGGUCAUGUGCACACUUAGAAAGCAAAUCCAUGUUUGUACAGAAAAUAAAAAGGCCCUGGAAGACAAGUGUAAUGCAUUGAGGUCUGUGAAAGCAACCAAAGAAGCAAAAGUCAAGCAGCUGAAGGACAAAGCAGGCAUCCUUGAAGAAUUCUAUGAAGAAAGAAAAGUGGCUAUAGAAGACUAAAAUGUUCAUGAAGCUGAAAAUGACACAGUGUGAACUGGCGGCAAAGAAGAAUCAGCUGGCAGCUGCAGGGGAAAUGUGAAAAUAGCCAUGAAAGAAAUAAACAAGCACAAGCAACAAAAUGGACAAAGACAAGAACAGCUGCAGCAGGCAGAGCUCACCUUCAGACACCAGAUCGCAGUUCAUGAGAAGAAUGCUCAGGACAACUGGAUCAAGCCUCGGAUCUGGGAGAGGGAAAUGGCAGAGCAGAGCCAGGAGGUCGCCCGCUUGAAACACAGACUGGAUGGGAUGGAAGGAAAGAGGCUGCUUGAUGGACACAGGAGGCGGAGACCAAUGCCUGGAAGUCCAGAGAAACAGAACCCUCCGAGGAGAGGUAAGGAGCAUGUGGGGAUGUGCAGCAGCCUAAUUUCUGCGGCAAAGCCUUUUCCUGUGGGUGAUCAUCGUGUGUCCUGGACAGAACCACAAUUACUACCUAAGGAUAGCAGGUGGUCUGAAGGGGUGACAGGAGGGCGUUCUCCUCUGGUGCCCCAGGCAGCGGACCACCUGUCCCUGUGACUGGCGGAGCUCAGGCCCCUCCCCUGACUGCGGACCCUCCCACCUCCUCCAGCAUCCCCUAGCUAAAGAGAGGAUCCUGGAGGGGAUGACGGGACAUGGGCCUUAGCUUUCUUCCCACGUUGACACAAUGUGAAGACUUUAUUUUAGUUUUAUUUCAGGAGUUCAUUUCGUUACUAUUUUUAAUGUUGUCAUUUUAUUUUUUUCUU